AUGGCCACCAUCGCAGGCGGCAUCAAGGUGUUCUCGGGCACCUCGCAUCCCGAGCUCGCGCAGCUCAUCGCCAAGCGUCUCGGGCAGCCGCUCGGCAAGGCGACCGUGACGCGCAACGAGUCGGGCGAGAGCAUCGUGCGCAUCGCCGAGUCGGUGCGCGAGCACGAUGUCUACAUCAUCAACACCUCGUGCGUCUCGCCCACGCCCACGGGCGCCGCCGCCUCGCCCAACACCUCGCUCAUGGAGCUGCUCAUCAUGAUCCACGCGUGCAAGACCGCCUCGGCCAAGCGCAUCACCGCCGUCAUCCCGCACUUCUUCUACGCGCGACAGGACAAGAAGGACAAGUCGCGCGCGCCCAUCACCGCCAAACUCAUCGCCAACAUGCUCGAAAACGCCGGAUGCGACCACGUCAUCACCAUGGACCUCCAUGCGUCGCAGAUCCAGGGCUUCUUCGACGUGCCCGUGGACAAUCUGUAUGCCGAACCGGCGGCGCUGCAGUACAUCCGCGAGAUGGUCGACGUCAACAAGGCGGUCAUCGUGUCGCCCGACGCCGGAGGUGCCAAGCGCGCCACCUCGCUCGCCGAUCGUCUCGAGCUCGACUUUGCGCUCUUCCACAAGGAGCGCAAGCGCGCCAACGAGGUGUCGCGCAUGGUGCUCGUGGGCAACGUAGAGGGCAAGGUCGCCAUCCUUGUCGACGACAUGGCCGACACGUGCGGUACGCUCGAGCUCGCCGCACAGCAGCUCAUCGAGUACGGUGCCGAGCGCGUGCUCGCCAUUGUCACGCACGGCAUCCUGUCGGGACCUGCGCUGGAGCGCAUCACCAACUCGCGCCUGGAAAAGCUCAUUGUGACCAACACGCUUCCGCAGGCAGCCAACCGCGCGCGCUGUGCCAAGAUCGAGGAGAUCGACAUCUCGCACGUGCUCGCCGAGACGAUCCGACGCAGCCACUACGGCGAGAGCGUGUCGGUGCUGUUCAACCAGAUCCCCUACGACACGGCGCAACCGUACCGCCACGACAACGACGACGAGAUCCUGGCUGCCGCGGGCACGGGUGCGGGUGCGGGUGCGGGUGCGGCGUUUGUGGCGACGGCGAGUGGACAGGGAAGCGCAGGUAGCAGUCGUCCCCAGAGCAGGGGCAUGAGUCCCAGCGCAAGCCGACAGUUCCAUCCCAGCCCCUACACUCUGCCUGAUCCGCCGGCGGCACACAACUUUUUUGCGCAACAGACGCCCAAACCCAGCCCCGCCGAGCCCAAAUAUGCCCCCUCGCCACUGGGUAAGAAGAUCUAG